CCCAAAACAGAUGAUACAGUGCUCGGGCUUGGCAGCAGCAUUUCCGAUGGUUUAAAUCGCAUUUGAUUGCUGGCCAAUGUCCGGUUCGGUUCGGUUCGGUUUGGUCCAGAGUGGAAUCCGGAAUUUGACUUGGGAGGAUUUCGGUGACUUAGAUGGAUCUUUCGAGCGAGGUCCUGCAGCGGACGGUUGCUGAGCUAGACUGAGCAGUAGCUGCGUCGUUGCGUCUGUUCGGAGUUCGCUUUCCAUAUGGGAGAGCACUACAGAUAGAUAACAGCGGCACCAACGACGACAACAAUAAUAUCUACGGGGUGCGGAACAGAGACGGCCUAAGGGAGUAGGCCCAAUCAAAGCUGGUAGAACGAGAGAGCGUGAGGUUGCUGGUCCCUUUUAGUGUGCGUCGUUCGUUCACUUCGAGCGGUUCAACCAACCCAAUCCCCUUUGUAUCUAUAUCUACACUACGGCUGAGCAAUUCGAAAAGCAACGAACGACGAUGUUCUGUGCAUGUGCCGCACGUUGUUGUGAGUGAGUCGUCCGAAACAACACAAAAAAAAGAAAAAAGUAAGAGGGGCCUUCCACUGACAAGUCGGAGCUCUCGAGCUGGCACUUGGCUACGGAACGACUUUCGGUGUCGGUGUGCGAGGACUAGACCUCCUAAGAACACUAAAUCCCUUCUCGGAUCGUCGCGGCUCGGCCAACUAAGUCCGGGCAAAUAAUAAUAAGUUUUUAGGAGAAUUAACUUUUCGGUAUUAAGGAUUUAAGCAAUAAAGUUUGAUGAAGAGGAGUCGUGGUCGUGGAACGGCAGCUGAGGUAUAUCGACGUUGACACGUCGGCUCAGGGGGCAGCGUCUACCGUUGGACGGUCAGCUAACCUUCUUUUGGGGAAAAGCGAAGACUACGAAAGAGACACGAGAAAAAAACUAACGGCGGUGAUUUUCACGCACUAAAUCCCGGAUUUUCGGGCUGUGGCCGCCUCGUCGUCUCGUCUGGUACGGUUGUGUGAGGGCGCGCGACUCGUCGAAGGCGGAAGUUGUUCGACUUUUCCAAACCCACAAAUAAGAGUGAAUCUUCUCGGAAAACAAAAGUUUAAAGUGAAGAAAAAGUGUUGGCGCGGUCGAUGUGUGAAAGCGGGCUCAAGUGAUUAAGAAUUGUUCAAAACAUUCGCGCGCUAGGAAUCUUCCGAGAUUUUCCGGCGCGAGCGUACGCUUCGGACGGUUUGACGGAUGGUUUGUGUGAAAGUCGUAGUCAUCUCGAUCGCAGACUUCGGUGGUCAUCAGUGUUAUUAAGCUAGUGGAUUAAGAGGGCGCAGGCCAGAGAAGCCGAAUUAAUCGCCGAUUGAUGGUUUUUUGUGUGGUUUGAAUCGAACGAGUGAAAGAAGCCGAUGAUAUAUUGAACGAGCGAUUUUUUUUGCAGUGAAGAUAGAAUCAAACAGCGAAAGUUAGGUUUUUGCGGAAGUGAAGUGAGAGACGAAAACUUCCGGGGGCUGUAAACUGUCUCGUGUCGGUAGAAAAGACAAGUGAUUUUGCGCGCACCGCUGUGGACGGGUUCCGUCGGAACGUUGGACAUUCAGUAAGGUUCAACGACUCUUCGGCAGAAGUUACAGAGAGAGCGGAAGAAAAAAGCGUCGCGAGUGCGCGAAAGCAUCGACCGCUGUCCGGAAGCAGCGAUCCCCAAUUUUUGAGACCCCCGGUACGAGAAAACAGUCAAAACGAUUUAUCUCCGGCCGUACAAGGACAUCUUCCCGGGCGGUGGCCAUAACCAGUUGAGCUCGUUAUAUCCACAGUCCGUGAUGGAACGUGGAGGCGGAGCGGGAACUGGUGCUGGCGGCGCCGGGAAUGGCACCGGGCUCGACUCGAUGACCGACGGCAGCGGGCUCUGCCUGCAGGAUCUGGUCGGGAAUGGAGGCGGAACGGGUGGUGGUGGCGGAGGUGGAGGAGGAACCAAUCAUCAGAAUGGGACCUCGGAUCAUCACCUGCACCACAAUCACAACAGCCAUAACCAUCACGGGUCGCUGCACGAUUCGGUGACGGGUGGCGUCAGUGUGAGUUCGGCGUUGACCAGCCUGAUGAGCCCGGGAAUCAACAGUGGGCUGGGCCAUCUGCAUCAUGGUAAUCCGGAUCUCAGUGGGCAUCACCAUCACCAUCAGCACCCGACGUCGGUGCUGCAUGAGCCGCUGGAGAAGCUGAAACUAUGGGCCGAGACGGGCGACUUUCGUGAUAAUAGCCACAGUGCAAUGUCGGCCGUGACCAGCAUCGACCACUCGCAGAUGGGCUUCCAGUCGUCGACGGCCCGGAACCGGAGUAGUCGGGAUCGGAAAAACGACGUCACACGUGUCGAUCCCACCUCGGUCAAGACGGAAAACAUCAGCAGUGGGAUGUCCCACGACGACAGUGGAAACCCGGCGGGAACGACGAUAACCGGCGACGGCAGCGGACAGGAUCAGGGCGGCGGCUCCGGAGCCGGUUCCGGCGGCAAGAACGACAAAAAGAACAAACGGCAACGGAGGCAGCGGACGCACUUUACCUCGCAGCAGUUGCACGAACUGGAGCAGACUUUCAGCCGGAAUCGCUACCCGGACAUGUCGACGCGGGAGGAGAUCGCCAUGUGGACGAACCUGACCGAGGCCCGAGUUAGGGUGUGGUUCAAGAACCGGCGGGCCAAGUGGCGCAAGCGGGAACGGAAUCAGAUGAACGCGAUAGCGGCUGCCGACUUCAAGAACGGCUUCGGGCCGCAGUUUGUGCAACCGUUCGCCGACACCGACCUGUACUCGUCCUAUUCGUACAACAACUGGGCCAAAGUGCCAUCGCCGCUGGGCGCCAAAACGUUCCCCUGGACGGUUAAUCCGCUGGGGACAUCGAUAGUGCCCUCGAAUCAUCAUCAGAAUUCCAUCAAUUGCUUCAACUCGUCGGCGUCUUCGGUUGCGGCCGGAAUGGGCACCGGAACGAUGCUAACAGGAAGUAUGGGGACGAGUCUGAGUGGUACAACCGGAGGCACUGGAGUUUCACCGACGCCUUGUCCGUACACGACGCCAACCAAUCCGUACAGUAUGUACCAUCACCGGGCCACGGCGGAACCUUGUACGGCAAUGACGUCCAGUAUUGCCACGUUGAGAUUAAAGGCCAAGCAGCACACUUCCGGCUUUUCGAGUCCCUACUCGGCCCCGUCGCCCGUAUCGAGAUCUAAUUCGGCCGGUCUGUCCGCAUGUCAGUAUGCCGGCGUAACGGACACCGUCUGAGAAAACGCCCUGGGCAGCAUGCUGUCCCACCACUCUUCGUCCCUGGCCGUGUACAACUCCAGCAUCAGCAGUGCCAUCAAUGCCAUCAACAACGGAACGGCGGGGGGAACACAGGGACCGGACAAGGACAACCCGGCGGGCGGUUCCGGCCCGGGGGGACUUGUGGACGACGACGAUCUGAUGGGGCCGGACGAGGACGAGGACGAUCAUCACCGGCGGAACAGUAGUGUGGACGAUAUGCACGAUUGAACGCGCGAUGCCUUUGCCCCUUCGGGUGCGGUUUGUCUGAUCUGAGUGUGUGCCCCGAUGUAGGGUGGCCCAGAAUGUUCGAAAAGUCAUGGUUCUCAACCCUAGAACGAGAGAUCCGAAGUAAACAAAUAUUUGAUGACACUUUAAUACUUUUUACGAGCUAACAUGUGCUAAAUUGGCCGUUUAAUUGCCCAAUAAGUUCAAAAAGGCAUAUUUGUUGGUGAUUAUUUGGGAUAUGCUUUUGUAGCAUUUAUGUACAAUAAACCCACUUUUUUGAACUGUUCAGAGUUUCCGCCAAUUUAUGAAAAAUCAAUUUUUUUUAUGAAAAAUUUGGGUGUUUUGUGCACAUGUUUAUUGCCAUGUGUUUAUUUAAA